AUCUAAAGUACAACCCUAAACUCUUUAGAUAAAGCCUUAAGGCUCUGUGUACAAUUAACAAAUCAGCAUCACAUAGCUAAAUUGGAUCUAGUCUAAAUAAAUAUGGCAGAACAGUCACGCAAUUCCUGGAUCAGUAAAGAAAGCAUUGGCAUUGAAUAUUCUUUAAAAGAAAACUUUGUACUCAAAAUAUGAGAUUACAGAAACUGAUAAAGAUCUUGACAUCUGUGAAAAAGAUCCAGUUCAAAUACAAACAUACUCUAGCGGAUGAUCCUAAGUUAGUGUCUGCCAGACAGAAGGAUAUGUUUGAAGAUAUCUUGGAGGAGCGCAGAUUGAAUGGUGAAUUUCGCUACUGCUUGAGAGCUCGUGAUGAGCCUGCCUUUAAACUUAAUAAGCGGCGAACACCUUCACAGAUUAAAGAGCAUGUCAUGAACAGUGAUAGGGUUCAGUAUGCAAUUGAACAGGCUUGCAUUGAAACCAAAUUACCUAGAAGUGAAGUUAUGGCAGAAGCCUCUGCAAUCCUGGAUGAGAUGGCCCACAAUCAAAACAUGGGUGCCAUCCGAAGCUUUGCUUUUGUCCUUGUAAAGAUAUUUAAAGCUCUGUAUCAGCGGAUAUAUGUGAAUGUUGAUGGCAUACAGAAGGUAAGAGGCAUGGUCAAAGAGUACCCUAUCCUUCUGAUGCCCUCCCACAGAAGUUAUAUGGACUUCUUGUUAAUGUCUUACGUAUUCUAUCACUAUGACCUUCCUCUGCCUGUCAUUGCUGCUGCUAUGGACUUCUUAGGCAUGAAGUUUGUUGGAUGGUUACUUAGAAACUCUGGAGCUUUUUACAUUCGACGCAGUUUUGGUGAUGACCACUUGUACUGGGCAGUGUUUACAGAAUAUGUGCAGACUCAUAUCUGUAAUGGAGAUUCUCCCAUUGAAUUCUAUGUUGAGGGAACAAGGAGCAGAACUUCAAAGUCUUACACUCCAAAAUUUGGCAUGUUGUCCGCAGCACUAGAGCCUUACUUCAAGUCCCACAUACCAGAUGUGAUGGUAGUGCCUGUCAGUAUUAGUUAUGACAGGAUUCUUGAAGAAAGUCUUUAUGCCUAUGAGCUGCUGGGUGUGCCCAAACCUAAGGAGUCCACAUCAGGUCUUUUCAAAGCAAGAAAAAUUUUAGAAGAUGAUUUCGGCAACGUUCAUAUUUAUUUUGGAGAGCCUAUCUCCAUACGUAAAUAUUCUGAAGGAUUAGUGGAUCGUAGCCUUCAUAAUCUAGCUCCAAGGUACAUAGCUAGUUUGACAAAUCAGGAACAGGAUUUAAUUAAGAAAUUAGGUCACCAUAUGGUGCUAACACACCAGAAGCACAUGGUGGUCUCCCCAUGGAAUAUGAUGGCGGCAGUGCUAAUGCAGUGCCAGGAAGGCAUAUCAGUUCGCCAGCUGGCCAAGGAAGUAGAGUGGGUCAAAAGACAGGCGUCCAACAUGGGAGCAUACAUUGACUGGCCAGCUUCAGAAACAGCCGAGUCUGUAUUGAGAGCAAACAUCAAGCUUCACAGUAACAUUGUUAGAGUCAACACAGAUGAUGUUGUGGAGUUAGUCAGCGUGGCACCACCUGCACAUACAAAGGCCACUGAUGCCAUGAUGAUCACAGCUGGACAGCAUCUAAUGCUAUCUCUGUACCGUAAUCACAUUCUUCAUGUGUUUGUAAGGCCUGCUAUGAUUGCCAUUUCUGUGAAUAGCUGCACCUCAGAGAGAUUAUCUAUUGAUGAUCUCUUUACCAAAUAUUGUUUCUUGGAGCAGCUCUUGUCUAAAGAUUUUGUCUUUGUUCCUGGCAGUAGUAGAAUAGAUUUUGACCUAUCUCUCAGAACAUUAACUCACACAAGUGGGAUUGUGAUGGAGCUUGAUGAAGUGGUCAUUGGUCAGUCUGUUAACAAGCUGACCACUUUCUACAGCCAGAUGUUUGAACCAUUCCUCUUAGGCUACUGGAUAUUGUGCCAGUAUUUGUUGUCCAACCAUCCCAACGUAGCUGGCAAGCCAUUGGCCAAAACACAGAAAACUGUAGUGAAAGAAACCCAGAUGUUGACUGCCCGCCUGCUACAGGAAGGUGUGAUCAAACAACAUUAUGAGAUUCUGUCAUUGGAUAUGAUGAACAAUGGACUGCAGGCUCUGUUUCACAUGGGUGCAGUCAUCAAGGAAAGAAGAGAUGGAGUGGUCUACAUGUAUCCUAACACAAGACAGUUGUCCAACGUCACAGAGAACUUAGCCAAAUUUAUUGAUGUCCCAAGACUUCCUGCUGUCAGUAUCAACAUUCACUCCAAGACAGUCACAGUGAAUGCUAAAUUGUAACACAAGGACAUGCCAAGCAAGAAAGAGAGACAGAUUUGUCAUUUCACUCUCUGGUGGUUCCAUCUUAAUGAAACAACAAACUAAUUGACCAGAGUUUCCAUUCAUUAGUUUCAAACUUUAUCUAAAACAUGUAUAUACAAGUGAAACUGUUUGGUCAUCAAAAAUAUUUUUGUAUAAUUACAGUCUCUUAGAUGAAGAGUGAUCUAACUAGUGCAACAAUGCUUUGAUUUAGUGUAGUACACUUGCUGUUGGGAUCACAAAUAAACCAUGACACAGUGUUUACUUUCUCACUUCUACAAAGUAAACAAAAAGAAAAAAUUUUUUUAAACAUUUUUAUAGCUGUAUGUGUUUGUUGACCUAAUCAGUUUAGCUCAGUAAAGCAUUUCAACAUUAAACCAGCUGUCCAUGUACAGUCCUUAUUUUUUAUUUGAUAUAAUCAUGUCAUUUAGUGAGUCAGUAUUACCCUGUCCAUGUUUGUUGAUCUCUUUAGUCAUUGAUCAGCUGUAGACAAUGUGGUUGUGGGAAUGGAUCCAUGACUUUGUUAUGGAGAGAGUUUAUGUCUGUAUAAGUACCAUUAUUGACUUCUAAGUCUCAAAUAAUGAUUGGAUGAUUGUGUGGCUAAUAGUUUGGUUCAUGUGUGGCUGUAAAAUUACAUUGUUGCAUUUUAUGGCUUUUGAAAGUGAGACUUCAAAGCCAGGCUUGGCAAAAUGUUUUGUAUUUUAGCUCUCUUUUUUUUUUUUCAAUGCACUUGUCCAGCAUCACUGUGCUGAACUUUUCUAACCCUACAUCUAUUGUCCAUGUAUAUUGCUGUAAAAAUUAUACCUUCAGUGCAUCCUUGAAAACGAUUUGAGGAUGGCCUGAGUUUUUAUAUUUCCCUUGGGCAUUGUUUGAUUGUGAUACUUAAUGUUUAAAGUAUGAGAUUUAUGACCCUUUUAAUAGGAGAAAGUUAUAAGCAAUGAAAGUAAGUCAAUGUAUUGAAUGAAAUCUACUAUCUAGUAAAAUUUUAUUUCAAUAUUUCUUAUCCUUUUUUUUUUGUCAGUGAGACAGAGUUUCAGUCUACAUAUUUUUUAAAUUAUAAAAAGACAUAAAUUUAUAAAGAACUUUCAAAUAAUAAACUGUUUUUGGAAA